AUGGCGCAUUCAAAGGACAAGAAGGACAAGUCGCAGAAGAAGGACAAGGUCGAGAAGAAAGGCCAGCAGUCCGAAAAGUCCCAGAAGGCUUCUGCUCUCGCAGCCGCUGAAAAAUUGGAUCCUACCAUUUCCAGCCUGUUCGCCAACUCUAAGGGAGAGUCCGAAGACGAAGACGAGGGAGACGACAACGAUGAGGAACUAUCAGAACUCGACGAUGAUGAGCUAGACGCUGUUGACGCCGACGAUGACGAAGAGGUUGAAGAAGAAGACGACAGCGAUGUUGAGGUCCCUGAUGUCAAGGAAGCCGAAGCUGCUGCCCAAGCCGCCCUUGAGAGCAACAACCGCAAGAGAAAGAGAAAGGACAAGCAGCCCGAACUAGAAGAUGUGUACAUGGACAAGCUCGGUCGCGAAGAGGAGAAGGCUCUCGCAAAAGCAAAGGAGGACCGCGUAUCUAAGCGUCAAAGGACGGAGAAGAAGGCAAAGAAGGACUCUGACGACAGCGACAGCGAGGACGAAGACUCGGAUGCCGCCGAGGGCGCCGAUGCCAUGGAAAUGUCACCACCCCCGUUGCACGAGACCCUGGAACCUGACAACGACUCGGAUUUGGUAAAAGCACAGCGUACCGUCUUCCUGGGUAACGUAUCCGCCGAAGCAAUCACCUCGAAGACGGCAAAGAAGGCGCUGAUGCGCCAUCUCGAGUCCUUCUUUGAGGAUAUCGCCGACCCCGAGAAGGGACAGCCAGCACACAGCGUUGAGUCACUUCGUUUCCGCUCGACUGCCUACGCCAGUGCCAUUCCCAAGAAGGCCGCGUUUGCGAAGAAGGAGAUUAUGGUCGAGACAACAAAGUCCACAAACGCAUAUGCCGUCUACUCAUCGAACGCCCUGGCCCGUGAGGCCGCUCGCCGCCUGAACGGAACUGUCGUCCUGGACCGCCAUCUGCGUGUCGACGAGGUUGCCCAUCCUGCAAAGACCGAGCCUAGACGAUGCGUCUUCGUCGGCAACCUUGGCUUUGUCGAUGAUGAGAGCAACAUCGACAAGGCCAACGCUGAAGAGGGCAAGGGCACACGAAAGGGCAACAAGACCCCCAGCGACGUCGAGGAAGGUCUGUGGCGCACAUUCUCCACUUGCGGCAAGGUCGAGAGUGUUCGUGUGCCCCGUGAUCCUCAGACCAGAGUAGGAAAGGGUUUCGCAUACGUGCAAUUUACUGAAGAAAACGCCGUCGAGGCCGCUCUCCUUCUGAACGAGAAAAAGUUCCCUCCCAUGCUCCCUCGCAAACUUCGCGUCACCCGCGCAAAGACGAUCAAGCGUAACGUCAAGCCCGGCAGCAACGCCGUCAAGGCACCCGGUGCCACCAACAAGGGCAUCUACAACCCCAAAGCCGACCCCGUCAUGCAAUCCAACAUGGGUCGUGCCGGCAAACUUCUCGGCCGCGCCGCAGCCGCUCAGGUUCAGAAGGGCAAGCCGAUAGGAGCAACACCUCAGGGCUUCAAAACACCCGAGAGCUUCAUCUUUGAGGGACACAGAGCUAAGGCUGGGUCUGGUAAGAGUGGGCUCAAGCUUGGUGGUUCUGGAAAGAAGAAGGGUAAGCCGAGAACCAGGAGCAGUAACAGAGCUGCUGCUUGGAAGGCUGGUGGUGGCAAGAAGAGGGAGUAG